AUGUAUGUUUUAGGACUUCUACGGCCUCUGCAUAAAGGGAGUGGCGAACACGACGAUCCAUGGACCAAUCUGUCUAUGCGCCUUGACGAAGUGACCGGUCGACCUGUCAUAGUUGAGUGCCGCAGAGAAUGGCCUGGUGGGAAGAGCGAGAGUCGCCGCACUUGUUACAUCGGACCUCUUCCUACGUCGGAAGAAGCGGUCAAAGGAGACACAAAUAUCUCAUGGAGUGACCUCGACCCGGUCGAAACUAUCGCCGAAAUAUUUACCGAGUACCCCAACCAACGGUUAUGUCAUUCUUAUCAUACCGAGUUCAACCACGCCUGCGAUCAACACUCCCGACGGGAAUUCACUACCGCGCGCACCAAGUUCCACACUUACCAUCUAUCGGCGGCAACAUUUUUAGAUCUCGUAAACGACCCUAUAACGGAAGAAGAAUUCCAAUCUCGAGACUUUUUCCGCAUACGAGCAGUAUCCAGAAAACCCAGGGGCACAAUCGAUGAUGAAAAUGGAGCAGGUUUGUUGUUUAAAACACAAACUGGCGUCGACGGUCGGCCCAUUCAUGGCUCGGAAGAGCGAUUUACUAGUCGAGGUGUUCGUCUUUGGCCAUCGAAAGAUUCACGCUCCAGUGUUAUCACACUUCUUUAUCCAGGCACACCAACAGGCACCGUGAGCACCGUUUCGGAUGAGCGAUCCAUGAUAUAUUCGAUGUCUUCCCCCGGUCUCCUAUCAGGCCAUAAAUAUCUGGUACUCAUUAGCUUUGAUCCGAAGAUAAAUUUCAUCAAUGCACUUACUCGGCGUACCUCAGAGUCUCCUGACUCCCUCAGUGAUGAUCCUCGGGAAAAGUCUUUAAGCGGCUCGCUUAUCAGCGUGGAAAGGCCUCUCUACGAGGCUAUACGGAAGGGAUAUUGGCUUCGAUGA